AUGUCCGACACUGCCUCGACCUCUGGAAGUCCCGUGUCUUCCCGUCUGACAGAUACCAUCAAAUCGACGACUAGCACCUUGUCCAACGUGGUCAAACCUGCCGAAAGCGAGCUGACAAGAUGGAGGAGAACGUUUGACAAGUUUGCCAAAGAUGUGAACGGAGUCAAAUACCUCACGGCGACUGAGUUUAUAGAUGCCAUUGCACCGACAGAAGAGGGUUUCAACAGGAUUAAGAGGGAGCAAUAUUCGAUCUUGUUUCGCGUCGCGGACAUUUCUCGUCGAGGUCUGGUCUCGUUUGAUGAUUUUGUGGUGUUUGAGACGCUCCUGAAACGACCCGACGCAGACUACCAAUUGGCAUUCCAGGUGUUUGAUGCCGAUGCCUCUGGAUCUAUCGACUAUGAUGAAUUCAAAGCCGUCUUGUCAGCCAAUACCGCAGCCAGCGGCAUACCAUUCGACUUUGACUGCGAUUGGAUGAAAUUGUACGUCGGAAAACGUGGCGGAAGGCAUGUCCUGGAAUACCACGAGUUCACCCAGUUGAUCAAGGGCUAUCAAGGCGAGAGACUGAGACAGGCGUUCCGAUACUUUGACCGAGAUGGGGAUGGGUAUAUCAACCCGGACGAAUUCCAAAAAAUCAUCAUGGAAAUCGCAGGUCACAAAUUGUCAGACUCGGUCUUGGCUCGAUUGCCGACGCUGUGCACUAUGAACCCGGGUCACAAGAUCAGCUAUUCAGAGGUCAUUGGAUUCCACAACAAAAUGGACGCGGUCGAGCGAUUGAUCACUCGCGCUGUCCGCAAAUCAAAAGACGGUCGGAUCGACGUUUCAGACUUCUUAAAUGAGGCUCAGGGAUCUAUGCGGUAUGGCAUGUUUACGCCGAUGGAGGCCAAUAUCAUCUGGCACUUCGCAUCUCGCGGUGGUGUUGGGUCAAAUCAACGCUUGACAUUGGCCGACUUUCAGGCACUGCUAGAUGCCAAGUGGCAACCCCCAGAAGUGUCUAUUACACCCGAGGUAAAGGAAGGCGGAUUGUUGGAGGAGAUAGGACGAUCGACGUACAAUUUCGUUCAAGGUGGUAUUGCUGGAGGUAUCGGAGCAUACGCGGUGUACCCUAUCGAUUUGGUAAAGACGCGAUUACAAAAUCAACGAUCAACGGUCGUCGGCGAGGUGCUGUAUCGAAACGCGUGGGACUGCAUCAAAAAGGUUUACCACAACGAAGGUGGUGUCCGAGCCUUUUACCGAGGUGUUAUGCCUCAAUUGGUCGGCGUGGCACCUGAAAAAGCCAUCAAAUUGACCAUCAAUGACCUGGUCCGGAAAAAGGCAACGGACCCGGAGACAGGAAGGAUCAGUCUGGGAUGGGAGAUUGCGGCUGGUGGAACGGCCGGUGGUUGUCAGGUCAUCGUCACCAAUCCACUCGAGAUUACAAAGAUUCGUCUGCAAAUGGCUGGUGAGAUCACACGGGCAGAGGGCGGAGCUGCGGUUCCACGAGGGGCCAUCCAUAUCAUCAAACAACUGGGUCUUGUUGGCUUGUACAAGGGUGCGACUGCAUGUUUCUGUCGUGAUGUGCCAUUUUCUAUGAUCUACUUUACAUCCUACGCGCACAUGAAAAAGGACGUAUUCAACGAGGGGAAACGUGGCAAAGUAUUGUCUUUUGGAGAAUUGCUCCUCGCAGCUGGUAUCUCUGGCAUGCCCGCAGCGUACCUCACUACCCCAGCCGACGUCGUCAAGACCCGGUUACAAACUCAGGCACGGGCCGGUCAAACGGUGUAUAAUGGUGUCUUUGAUGGAUUCCGCAAGAUUCUCGCCGAGGAGGGUCCUCGAGCCUUGUUCAAGGGUGGUCUAGCCAGGGUCAUUCGAUCAUCUCCCCAAUUUGCCUUCACCUUGGUCUCCUACGAGCUGCUGCACAAGCAUUUCCCUUACCCCUUCGGAGCGGAAGCCGUAUCGGCUGCACCAGCACCUCGACAAUCCAGUGACAUUUCUCGUGUGCGAGCUAGGAACGCCUUGAGGAUAUUAUUGGAUUGUUCUAGCAGAUUCGGCAUGGUGGAUUCACAAACUGCUUCGCAGAAUGUCCAGAACCUGCCUAAAUCUCUAAGACCAUGA